UAGAAAAUCCAAAAAACCAACCAAACGGUUUUCGUGCGGUUUACGUUUUUAGGUGGAACGAAGCGGUUUUUGUUCCACUACUGUUAUUCUGUUAAACAACACUUAAAACACUGUUUAAUUCGCUUUCAUAGUAAAACGGCGCCGGUUAAUUAUACAAGAAUUCCCAAACUGAAGUCAAAAUUCCCCCACAAGAAAUUGAACCCUAAAAACCCACGAACGAUCUCUCUCUUGGACCUUACCUCCGCCGCUUAAUAAUCUGCCACCUCCAUCAACUGGCAGCAUCAUUCUGAGCAGACCGUCGGUCACAGGUAAGCUUUUGCACCAAAUCGAGAUUACCAAACCCUAAUUUAAUAGGGAUGCCUAAUCCUGGCCCUUGGUCGGAGCUCUAUCCCGAUUUGUUGGAAUCUAUUUUCGAACGAUUGUGCUUAGCAGAUGUCCAUCGCGCGAAGCUUGUGUGUUUAAACUGGAAUACGAGUUCGAAACGAUCAGUGGCCCGAAAAAUCAAAACUCCAUGGCUAAUAGUACUGUUUGUAGACGAUGAAAAAGACGUUUACGUGCUUUACAAUCCAAACGAAGACAGAAUUUACAAACCAGUUAGAGACUUCUCAGGGAUUCGAUUUCUGGCAAACUCGGGUAAAUGGUUUCUGAUGUUAGAUUCUGGAUGCAACUUGUAUAUUAUGGAUGUGUUUAGCGAGAAAAGGAUCGAUCUUCCACCUCUAGAGUCCCUUGUAUCAAGUACCUAUGCUCUCAAGCCUUCGGGAUAUAAGGAAUAUAGUUUGAUAUUACCUGGUGGCUCUUGUUGCAUAUUGAACACCAGUUAUCUGAGAAGCCGUUUGUGGGUAGAUGAGAAGACAGGAGAGUUCGUCCUAGUGUUGUUCUUUGAUCCUUCUCCUUAUUUAUUCUAUUGCAAGAAUGGGGACAAUCAUUACACUGUUAUUCCGGUAGAUGACAAAUUUCCCAAUAUGUUGCAAGGCGUAACUGAUCUAGUACUCUGGGGUUACCGUCUUUACAUUGCAUCUAACCGUCGUUGCGUUCGAGUUAUAGAUUUGUCUGGACAUGAAGGUUUCGAGGAUGUCACCGGGAGUAACCCAAAGCCAAUGUUAUCUCCUCUCGGAGAACAUGAUUCUUUUAACAUUGUGGUUACGACAGCAGGAGAGGUUUUGUUGGUGGAGAGCACAACCGUUGAAAACCAGAGAACCUUCCGCAUCUACAAGAAGAAUCCUAAUGCUGAUCCAGAGGACCAAAUGCCCCAUCUUGUUGAGGUAGAUUCUCUUGGUGAUGAGGCCCUGCUUCUCGACUUGGGUACUACUGUGCCUUCUAACCAUGCCCUUGGUAUCCAACCAAACACUAUCUAUUUCACACGUCAUAACCGUGUCCGUUUCCGCAUGUCUUUUGAUCUGGAAAUCUGUGUGUUCAAUCUUGCAACCAACACCCUCAUCAAACACUUCCCUCAUCUUGCCAACUUGAAACCCAGGGAUGCUCUAUGGUUUCUCCCUAUGACUUGAUUCAUGAUUUUUGAUGUUCUUGAUUCCUUUUAGUUCUAUAUCUAGUCGUCUUUUUGCGUUUGGUUUGAUUCUAUUUCAUUAAUUGUUGCACGUUGUGAUUUAGAAAAGAUAUGUAAUUCGAUCGUAAUUGGGUAAAUGAUCGAAAUGGUCAGGGAUUUUUAGAGCUAUAUAGUGUUACAGAGAGAAAAAGGCAUCAAGAUUGAUUUCUCAUGCACUGCAGAAAUUAAAACACAUCAGAGGAGGAAGCAAGUAGUAUACGUUAUUAUUAGUUUUAGAGAAAAA